AUGUCGGUCGACACCACCACCAAUGACAUGGCGAGAGAACACGAAUACCUCCGCGAUCGCCCGCAGCGUGACUAUGUGUUCAGAAAAACCUUGAGCAUUGACUGGGGAAGCCAGGCCGUCCGGGCAAAGGUCCUCUUCAAGAGGGUGCGAGAUGAACCGAUCGAUCAUCUCAUAAUUCACACUCCGGGUGAAGCAGACAGGGCGACUGAUCGGACAGAGAUGAAGCGCCAAUUUGCUUCCGACAUUUAUCCAUUCGACAACAAGCAGCCAAAUCCUCCUGGUCACUGGAUCUAUCCAGGAAACAACGUUGAGCCUGGACGCCAGGCCAUCUCAUCCAAGCUUGCCAUGUAUGCAGUUGUCGGACUCACUGAUGAAUUUGCCGCACAGUCUGGCCAAAUCCGCAGCCUCAUAGAGCAAGCGAACAAUGAGCCCCAGCUCAAGCAGAACAUCCGUAUAGGCAUUCAGCAGAUUCUACUGGCUGUCUUGCGUGAGGCUUCUAAAUUCUUCGGGUGUGACCCAGACACGUCCCGCGGAGAAAUUGAUGCCAUAGCGCUGACCAUCCCGGCUCAAUGGGCAAUUGAGUUUGAGGAAGAGUACGGUCAACUUCUGACCAAUGCGUGGCACCAAGUCUUCCCGGUUGCUGCUCCGCAGUUCAUCUUUCUCAGCGAGGGACAGACAAACAUGCACUAUGCCUUCUACCGCGGUACACUGGCCACUCGGUAUGAUCGCGAGGGUCUAAAGGCACGCCAUUUCUUCGAACUCGGCAGGACAAGGAACGCUGUCUUGGUCAUAGACGCUGGAGGACAUAGUACAAACACCUCCUUGGUCACUAUCUGCGAUGACGACAACCAGCUGGAGAUUCGCCCUGAUCAUGGCGCAAUUGGCGGCACCGCCCUGUGGGGCUGGCAUGUGGUUCAAGAGGCGAGGGAGGCAUGGAAGAUCGAUUUCGAUGGAACGGAAAUGCCUUUGGACGUCGAGACCGCAAUCAUGAAGACGUUCUACAACAUGAUUGCGGACUACAGGUUUGACCUGGGUGCGUCUUUCGUGAUCCACGGAUGUGCUCCAGGCAGAAUGCCAUUUGUCUUCAGCCUGAAACCCGAGGAAUUCACCAAGCAGUUCAACAAGGGUUUCGAUCAUGCUUUCAAGCUGAUUGAAGACGGCCUUCAACAACUCAAAGCCCUUGAGACUCGUUGCGAGAGGAUCGAAAUCGUUAUCGGCGGCGGGUCAGCCAAGGGUGUCAUGUGGUCUCAGCGCAUGAACGAGCUCUGCAACAAAUACCAGGUGAAGCGGCCUGUCGCUCUUGUCGAGAUCGAUCACCCAGGCGAACACAACCGACUCGCCGGAGGAGCGAACUAUGCCUUGGCGAACGCGAAGUCUGUGGCUCAGUUCGUCGACAAGGCGGCCUUCGGCCUUGCUUUGACCAAGCAGUACAUGGUAGAUGGCCACUUGGCAUACGAGUGGGACAGCAAGGCAACUAUGCUGUGGGCUCAGGGACGGAAGUGGACCAGGACCGUCAAGUCCGACGGUUCCCAAGACUUCAAGGUCAUUUGUCAGCCAGAGUUUGACAACCCCCAAGACGACUCCGUCAUCGACACCGACUACAGGGCCUACGACCUCCUCCAGAUCCCGUGCCGCAAGAGGGGCAAGCUCAGGUUCGAGUUCGACAUCAACCUCGCCAGCGACACGCUGGAGCUCACGGUCAAGAAGAAGCUGGGAAGGGCUAAGCGCUUCACUGAGCUUGGAACCGUCCAGUUCAGCCUCUGGGUCCCGCCGGGCAGCCGCACCCUGCAGAUCUGGGAGUGCGAGGAAGAGAUCAAGGCUCGCGUCGCCGCCGCCUUUCCCGAUGGUCAGCAGCCGGCUGUUCGUCGCGCCUCCAACAGCGACGGAGGCAGCAUCUACGGCAUGGUGCUACGUCCUCGACAUCGACUUAGAUCAGUGACCGCGCCCCCCGUCGGGGAUGACGACGUGGAGAUGAGCGGAAUGGACGACUGA